AUGACUCCGGUACUUCUAGAUCAGCUAAACGGCCGGCAGGUCGUGAGAACGUUAGUGGGAGAUCGCGUUCCCCUCAAAGUCUCCUAUCCCAAUCCAUCAUUGCAGGUGACCGCAGACCACCAGCUCAAAUCGGUCGACACGCCUGUUUAUGCCCCCAAACCAGGCGAGGCAUUAGUUCAUAUCAAAGCAACUGGAAUUUGCGGGUCGGAUAUUCACUUCUGGAAGACUGGGCGCAUUGGAUCGUUGGUAUUUGAAGGCGACUGCAUCAUUGGCCAUGAAGCAUCGGGCAUCGUUUUGCAAUGUGGCGAGGAGGUCAACAAUUUGAAGCCAGGCGACCGAGUUGCUGUCGAACCUGGUGUUCCCUGCGAACGCUGUUUCCUCUGUGAUGAGGGACGUUAUAACCUGUGCGAGGAUGUCCAGUUUGCCGGCGUUUAUCCUUACGAAGGUACCAUCCAGCGUUACAAGAACCACCCUGCGAAGUGGCUCCACAAGCUGCCGGACAACAUCACUUUUGCGGAAGGCGCACUUCUCGAGCCACUGUCGGUGGUGAUGCACGGGGUCAAGUCAGCUAGUCUUUCGUUGGGCCGUGGUGUAGUGGUAUGCGGCGCAGGCCCCAUUGGCCUGAUAGCCUUAGCUGCAGCACGUGCCUCGGGGGCACACCCUAUCGUGGUGACAGAUCUAGAGCCCUCUCGACUGGCUUUUGCAAAGGAUUUUGUCCCCUCAUGCAUUACCUAUGAGGUAGACCGUGCAAAGGACUCAAAGGGAAACGCAGAGGCCAUUCGUACUCUCUUCGGCCGAGGCGAACAUGUUGCCCCGGAAACCAUACUCGAGUGUACCGGCGUGGAAAGCAGUGUGUGCACUGCGACAUACACUGUACGGCGGGGAGGCACCGUCAUGGUUAUCGGGGUAGGAAAAGCGAUCAUGAACAACCUACCGUUUAUGCAUAUUUCUCUCGCGGAGAUUGAUCUCCGGUUCAUCAACCGCUACCGUGACACCUGGCCACCAGCAAUUGCCUGCAUAAGUGGUGGCAUCUUGGAUCUGAAGAAGCUUGUCUCGCAUGUCUUCCCUCUUGAACAGGCUCAUGACGCGCUCCAGCUUUGCGCUGACACUCGAAACGGUAGUAUCAAGGUGUUGGUGGUCGAUGAGCAGGAGGCUUCGUUAUAG